AUGACUAUUGCUAAUAGUGGUUCAGCAACAAGUAGUAAUGUCGCUACUACUUCGACAACGACUGUUGCCGCAACUUCUAACGAUCAAAGUCAACCUGUAUCCUCUUUGAAUUUAGAACCAAACCCUUUCGAACAAAGUUUUGCCUCUACAAAGAAACCAUUUGAUUUACCAAUUAGUAACACAAAUGGACUAGUUUCGGGAUCUCCUUCAAGUCUGCUAAAUUUGGCUAAUCAACAUAGACCUACAAAUCCAAAUAGUUCUGCACCUCGUGGAUUUCAAAGAUCAAAUAAUAUUCCAAAUGUUCCGUUAGUUUCCUCGAGUUCUACGAAUGUAUUAUUUUCGGGACAACGUCCAGUUAUUCAUUCACCUCCAAUGUUAACUCCAGGUGGUUCAAAACGAUUACCACCUUUAAUAUCACCUAAUUUUAAUCCACAACCAUCUGCACAACAGAGUCCCGAUGGUGGUGUUGGUUUAAUUUCUUCAUUAAUGAAUAACAAUAAUAGUAAUAACGGUAAUAAACUGAAUGGUGCAGGCACUCCUGGAUUUUUAUCGUAUUUACCACGUACGGGGCUGACUCCAAAUGAAUCUAGUAUUAGAUCUGGUCUUACACCAGGUUCUCUUGGUGCAUCAUUCAAUUAUCCUUUGUUACCAUCGUUAUCCAAUAGUGGAAAUAAUAAUGCCACUAAUAAUAAUAGCAAUAAUAAUAAAGUUAAUCAACCUUCUACACCUGGAAUAUCUGCAAUUUUCAACGGUGUAACCCCAUUGACUUCAAAACAGAUUAAUUCAGGAAUUGGUAAUGGAACUACAAAUGACUCGGGUGAUAGUAAUGGGACUAGUAGCCUCUCACCACAACCACCUCUUCCAUCAAAUACAUUGCCUAUAGAAAUAGUGAAAAAUGAUAAUAAUAGUAGUGGUGGUGGUAAAAAGACUAUAGAAAAGAAUUUGACUACGAAGAGAAAACGUACUGCUACUAGUAAGAAUUCAAAUACUAAUUCAAAGAAAAAGACUAAGAAUAAUAUUGAAAAGGAUUUCAUAGAGGAACCAAUACAGGUUAAAAUAAAAAAGGAAUCUCUCUCAAGAUCAACCACAGAAACUUCCAAGCCAUCUACAAGUAGUGAUAACAAUACAACUAUGAAUACAGGUGAAGAUAUAGAAGAACAAUUAAGUCCUGAACAAGAAGAACAAAAGAGGAAAGAAUUUUUGGAGAGAAAUCGUGUUGCUGCAUCUAAAUUUAGAAAGAGAAAGAAAGAAUAUAUUAAAAAGAUAGAAGACGACGUCCGUUUCUACGAGUCAGAGUACAAUGAAAUGAGUAAAACAUUAUUCAAAUUGCUUCCACCUUCAAACAUGAUAAAUAACAGUAACUCCUAUAUUCCAUUGUUAGAAGAUGCUAUACGUAAAGGUGACAUGGGUACUGCUUUGACUUUAUUAUCACACGUUAGACAAAUACUCUCUUCCAUCGGUAUAUAUCAACGUAAUGGUACUAACCCUCUCGCUGACGAAUUACAAGUAGUAAAAGAUCACAAGAAACAUAAUAGUCAAAGGAAGAACUCCUUGGUACCAUCGCAUUCUUCAAAAUCUUCUGGUACAACUACAAAGAGAUCUUCUUUACCUGUAUCUAUGAACUUCCAGACUAUGAAGCCAGAAUUUCAGCAACAGCAACACCAUGAUAUAGCGGCAACAGUGAAUAGUACUGCUACCGUUUCCACUGCAUUGAGUCCGUCUUCGAUACCUUCGUAUCUAACUGCAAUCAUUCCACCUGGAUCGGUCACUUCAGAUCCCCAGGAGACAACAAAGGAUCAAAAUUUGCAGGAUAAUGACACAACCUCUAAGUGA